CUCCAGUGACUCUCAAGCUGGUCCUAGUGGCAUUAAGAAACAGAGAAGAGAAGUAACUUGGUACCUGAAGUGUUGAUGGAAGGGGAUUCCCCUUCCAAACAGUAACUAAUCCGAUCUUUUGCCUCCUCCAGUCUUCCAUACACUAAGAAGAAUUGCCAAUAAAGAAAUAUUUUGUGGAAGACUACCAGGUUGUAUCCUACAAGACACUAUAUCUUCAGUACUUCAAGAAGCACUGGUGGAAGACUACCAGCUUGUAUCUUACAACACUCUAUAUCUUCAGUACUUCAAGAAGCACUGGUGUAAGACUACCAGGUUGUAUCUUCCAAGACACUAUAUCUUCAGUACUUCAAGAAACACCAGUGGAAGACUACCAGCUUGUAUCUUACAACACACUGUAUCUUCAGUACUUCAGGAAUGACUAGUGGAAGGCUACCAGGUUAUAUCUUACAACACACUAUAUCUUCAGUAUUUCAAGAAGCACCAGUGUAAGACUACCAGGUUGUAUCUUCCAAGACACUAUAUCUUCAGUACUUCAAGAAACACCAGUGGAAGACUACCAGCUUGUAUCUUACAACACACUGUAUCUUCAGUACUUCAGGAAUGACUAGUGGAAGGCUACCAGGUUAUAUCUUACAACACACUAUAUCUUCAGUAUUUCAAGAAGCACCAGUGUAAGACUACCAGGUUGUAUCUUCCAAGACACUAUAUCUUCAGUACUUCAAGAAACACCAGUGGAAGACUACCAGCUUGUAUCUUACAACACACUGUGUCUUCAGUACUUCAGGAAUGACUGGUGGAAGGCUACCAGGUUGUAUCUUACAAGACACUAUAUCUUCAACUUUUCUUACUAGUUUUUAACUGGUCGGGUAUUAGUAAUUUAAAGAAUUUUGUUUUUGAUAUUGCAGAUUCUAUCUAAAAAUUGCAUGGUAGUUAAUAUUGUUGUUAAAAAUUUUCAGAAAAAAAUCAGCAUUUAAACUACAGAAAAAUAAUGAAAAUAUUGUUCAGUGUAUCUUCAGCGUUUUAGUACAUAUAUGUUUGUUAUUAACAGAAAAUAAACAGAAUUACUGUAGUCUUUUAAAACACCUGAAAUAAAUUUUAUCAGCGAUUACUGGUAGAAAUAGUUUUGCCUAAAACAGAUCUAAACGUUGUAAUAUAUUUACAAGGAAAAUUGUAUGUGUAGUGGACAAAAUAUUUUACCAAAAACAAAUCUUGAAAUACACAUGAGAGUACAUAAGAUUAACUAUACCACUUUUGAAUGACUAAAAAAUUUUAAAAUGGAAAUAUCUUUGAAAAAUAUGAAAAAACAUACAGGAGAUAAGCCAUUUCAGUGUUCCGAGUGUCUGAAAUGUUUUAGUCGUAAAGGCAAUCUUGUGACACAUAUGAGAGUACAUACAGGAGAUAAACCAUUUCAGUGUUCACAGUGUCUGAAAUGUUUUAGGCAAAAAGGCAAUCUCGUGAAACAUAUGAGUGUACAUACAGGAGAGAAACCAUUUCAGUGUUCAGAGUGUCUGAAAUGUUUUAGUAAAAAAGGCAGUCUUAUGACACACAUGAGUGUACAUACAGGAGAUAAACCAUUUCGGUGUUCACAGUGUCUGAAAUCUUUUACUGAAAAAUGCAGUCUGGUGAGACAUGUGAGAGUACAUACAGGAGAUAAACCAUUUAUGUGCUCACAGUGUCUGAAAUGUUUUAGUCGUAAAGCCUACCUUGUGACACAUAUGAGAGUACAUACAGGAGAAAAACCAUUUCAGUGUUCACAGUGUCUGAAAUGUUUUGGGCAAAAAGGCAGUCUUGUGACACAUAUGAGAGAACAUACAGGAGAUAAACCAUUUCAGUGCUCAGAGUGUCAAAAAUGUUUUACUAUGAAAGAUAGUCUUUUGACACACAUGAGAGUUCAUACAGGAGAUAAACCAUUUCAGUGUUCAGAGUGUCUGAAAGGUUUUAGUCGAAAAGGCUACCUUGUGACACAUAUGAGAGUUCAUACAGGAGAUAAACCAUUUCAGUGUUCAGAGUGUCUGAAAUGUUUUAGUGUAAAUGGCAGUCUUGUGAGACAUAUGCAACUACAUACAGGAGAUAAACCGUUUCAGUGUUCACAGUGUUUGAAAUCUUUUGCUGAAAAAUGCAGUCUUGUGAGACAUGUGAGAGUGCAUACAGGAGAUAAACCGUUUCACUGCUCACAGUGUCUGAAAUGUUUUAGUCGUAAAGCCUACCUCGUGAUACAUAUGAGAGUACAUACAGGAGAUAAACCAUUUCAGUGUUCACAGUGUCUGAAAUGUUUUAGGCUAAAGGACAAUCUUGUGACACACAUGAGAGAACAUACAGGAGAUAAACUAUUUCAGUGUUCAGAGUGUCAAAAAUGUUUUACUUUGAAAGGUAGUCUUUUGACACACAUGAGAAUUCAUACAGGAGAUAAACCAUUUCAGUGUUCAGAGUGUCUGAAAGGUUUUAGUCAAAAAGGCUAUCUUGUGACACAUAUGAGAGUUCAUACAGGAGAUAAACCAUUUCAGUGUUCAGAGUGUCUGAAAGGUUUUAGUGUAAAAGGCAAUCUUAUGAGACAUACACAAAUACAUACAAAGAUAAAACAUGUUAAUGUUUAAUGUAUAACGGAUUUUUUGUUUUAAACACAUGAAAAUAUAUGCAUGGGAUGUACAAUAUUUAUAUUCAGAGUGAAAAAUAUUAGUGAAAUGUUAGUCAAUGUAGAUUAUAGAGUGAGGUGUUCAGUGCCAGGCCUCUGUAUAACUGUAUUGUGCCAUUACAGGUUAACUGUAUUGUGUCACAGUAUGACUGUAUGGUACCAUUACAGUAUAACUAUGGUGCCAUUACAGUAUAACUAUGGUGCCAUUACAGUAUAACUGUAUGGUGCCAUUACAGUGUAACUGUAUGGUGCCAUUACAGUAUAACUAUGGUGCCAUUACAGUAUAGCUAUGGUACCAUUACAAUAUAACUGUAUGGUACCAUUACAGGAAAUGGUUUGUGACUAGCAGUGACAGUAGAUCAAUGAGAGGAAAUAAGAAAGAUCAUUGACUAGCACAAAUUCCAAGAGCCGAAGAAAGGAUAUACUUGUUAAAACCGCAGGAAAACUAGAUAAAUUUUUUAUUUAUUUUAUUAACACAUUGGCCAAUUCCCACCAAGGUAGGGUGGCCCAAAAAAAAGAAAAACUUUCAUCAUUCACUCCAUCACUGUCUUGCCAGAGGUGUGCUUACACUACAGUUUAAAAACUGCAACAUUAACACCUCUCCUUCUGAGUGCAGACACUGUACUUCCCAUCUCCAUGACUCCAGUCCUGCCUGCCGGUUUCCCUGAAUCUCUUCAUAAAUGUUACUUUUGCUCACACUCCAACAGCACAUCAAAUAUUAAAAACCAUUUGUCUCCAUUCACUCCUAUCAGAUAUGCUCAUGCAUGCUUGCUGGAAGUCCAAGCCCCCUCACACACAAAACCUCCUUUACCCCCUCCCUCCAACCUUUCCUAGGCUGACCCGUAUCUUGCCUUCUCUCCACUACAGAUUUAUACACUCAAAAUCAUUCUAUUUUGUUCCAGCCUCUCUGCAAGUCUGAACCACCUCAGCAACCCCUCCUCACCCCUCUGGAUAAUAGUUUUAGUAAUCCCGAACCUCCUUCGAAUUUCCACACUACAAAUUCUCUGCAUUAUAUUCACACCACACAUUGCCCUCAGACAUGACAUCUCUAUUGCCUCCAGCCUUCUCCUUGUUGCAACAUUCACCACCCAUGCUUCACACCCAUAUAAGAGUGUUGGUAUAACUAUACUCUCAUACAUUCCCGUCUUUGCUUCCAUGGACAAAGUUCUUUGUCUCCACAGACUCCUAAGUGCACCACUCACCCUUUUCUCCUCAUCAGUUCUAUGAUUCACCUUAUCCUUCAUAGACCCAUCUGCUGACACGUCCACUCCUAAAUGUCUGAACACAUUCACCCCUCCAUACUCGCUCCCUGCAAUCUGAUAUCCAGUCUUUUUUCACCUAAUCUUUUUGUUAUCCUCAUCACCUUAUCUUUUUGUUAUCUUCAUCACCUUACUCUUUCCUAUAUUCACUUUCAAUUUUCUUCUUUUACAUACCCUACCAAACUCAUCCAUCAAAAUAAAUGCUAGAAGGGAAAUGGGUGGGAGCUAGGCCUAAAGGUUUCUCCACACAGUGGGUUGUGUUAUUGUAUACUGAAGGAUUGUUACCCAUAUCAUCCUACAUAAUAUAGUGAGUGACAAGGGUACUGAUGUGAUAGUGAUCUUAAAUUUUGGACUACAACAAAUCCCCAGUGCAUAGUGUAUAAUAUUUGGAUAUAUAUAAUUUUUUGAGCAGCACUGGUGAAUUAUUGCCAAAUGUUGAUAGAGAAGUGGAAAUAAACAGAUGAGUAUUGACUUAUCAUAUAGGAUUAUUUAUUCUCUGACAAGCUAUUUACAUAAAUUAUGAAGAUAAUAUGAGCAAGUAGUGAUCCCUGAGAAAGUCCACACACUACUAAACGACGGUCAGUGACCGUCGUUUAGUAGUGAUUUAGUGAGGGAUAAGGAUAUGAAUGUGCAGUGAUGUAAUAAACUGAAAUUGUAGCUAAGAGUAAUCUUAAUUAAUCCCCAGUGCUUAAGGUACAGUAUGUGGUGUAUAUGGGACUAACUUAUGGUCAAGUGGCACUAGCAAAUUAUUGUGAGAGAUCAACAGAGAAGUGGAAAUAAACAAUCGGAUGUGUAUUACACUAUUGCCAAAAUUGUUAUAACAGAUGGUAAGAGCAUUGAUGUGCAAGGAUAUAGCAAUCUUAAGUUAUGGCUAAUGUAUAGGAAAAAAAUAAACCAAAUGACCUUACUGUGUGAAGGGUCCCCCCUGCUUACCUUAACCUCUUACCACUGAUCCUGCCCACCCAGUGGGAAAGGUCCCCCCACCCCUCACUCUCACCAUAGCACCUCUCCACUAACCCCCACCCAGGGCAGUUAGUGGAUCCCCCUCUUCAAGGUAGGGUUCCUUGAUGUGGUAGAGAGGCUUUUGGUCUAAUGAAUUAAACCCUUUGGUCUCCUUCCUCAGACCAAACCUCCUCUUCAAGGGGGGCUCCUUGGUAUGGUGAAGAGGCUCUUUGUCUGAGGAAUUAGACCUUUUGAUCUCCUUCCUCAGACUGAACCUAAUUACCCCCCAAUCCCUCCUUCCCUAUUCCAUCCUCUCCUUUUUCCUUUCCUCCUCCUCCUCCCCAUCCCUCCCCUAUUCUCUUCCUAUUUUCAGCCUUUGGGAUUCUUGACUCAAGAAAUUGUAAUGACACGA